GGUGUCACACUCUCUUUUAUCCUCAUAUCUCUCUCUCUCUCUCUCUCUCUCUCUCUUAACUGAAGCAGCAACGCCAGCAUCUAUCUUUCAAUUAUUUCUCUCUUUCUCUUCCAUGCAUCUUCACAAACACAUGGUGCUCGUUACUUAGCUCUACCUCAAACCCAUCGAAAUCCACAUACCCACCAAGGAAAAACUACGACCCAUUUCACCAACGUCGAUAUUCUUCUCUUCCCUAGAAGAAAAAUCGAAUUUUUCCAUGGCCCUCGAAACCUGGCUCAUCAAGGUGAAAACCGCGUUAUCAAACAGCUUCGACUCUGUUCGACCCUCGAAGCCGAAGAAUUUGCUGCUGAAGAAACCGUCGUUGUCGUCGAAACCGAAACACGUCGGAGUUUUGUCCUUCGAGAUCGCCGGCGUGAUGUCGAAGCUCCUCCACCUUUGGCAAUCCCUCUCCGACGACAGCAUCAUUCGCCUCCGAAACGACGCCAUCGCCAUCGAAGGCGUUUGGAAGCUAAUCUCAAACGACGAGUCGUUCCUCCUCGGCCUCGCCGUUGCCGAGUUCGCCGACACCCUCCGACUCGUCGCUGACUCGGUCUCCCGACUCAGUCACAAGUGCCACGACCCCACCCUCCGAUCCUUCCACCGAGUCUUCACCGAGUUCGCUGACUCGGGCCGUGACCCGCACUCAUGGACCCUCACAAGCUCCAAGGAAAUCGAAGCAAAGCACAAGAGAAUGGAACGUUACGUGACCCACACGGCAACGCUGCAUAGAGAAAUGGACGAGCUUUCAGUUUUGGAAAGCGCGUUGAGAAAAGCACUUCACAACAACAGCAACAACAACAACAAUGAUCACAACAAUGAUGUUUGUUCACUUGGAGGGAAGGAACACCAGAAAGUUUGUGAUUUUCAGCAGAAGAUUUUCUGGCAGAAACAAGAGGUGAAGGACCUAAAAGAAAGAUCUUUAUGGAACAAAGGUUUUGAUGCCGUUCUUCUGUUGCUUGUGAGGUCUAUUUUCACUGUGUUAGCAAGGAUUAAGGUUGUUUUCGGAAUUGGACACUGUAAACCUUGUUUGUCUCGUAGUUUGUCAGCUUCAGCUACUGUUUAUCCCUCUGAUCAAAACCCUACUUCUUCUUGUAUCUUUGUUUCUGGGCCAUUGAAAAGCUCAAAACUUGAGGAGAAUAAGGAGGAUUUGGGAAGUGGGUUUUUUGAGUCUAAUUGCAAGUUGUUGAAGCCACCACCAAGUACAUUAGGUGCUUCAGCUUUGGCUUUGCACUAUGCCAAUUUGAUUAUAGUGAUGGAGAAGAUGAUAAAGUCACCCCAGUUGGUUGGUGUUGAUGCAAGGGAUGAUUUGUAUGCUAUGUUACCAAGCAGCAUAAGAUCAUAUUUGAGGUCAAGGUUGAAAGGUGUUGGGUUUUCUGCUUGUGAUCCUGUGCUUGCUGGUGAAUGGAGGGAUGCAUUGGGGAGAAUACUUGGGUGGUUGUUACCUUUGGCACAUAACAUGAUCAAGUGGCAGAGUGAAAGGAGCUUUGAGCAACAGAAUUUGGUUCCAAAGACCAAUGUGUUGUUGUUGCAGACUUUGUUCUUUGCAAAUAAGGAGAAGACAGAAGCUGCCAUAACUGAGCUUCUUGUGGGGUUAAACUAUAUUUGGAGGUUUGAGAGGGAAAUGACUGCUAAGGCAUUGUUUGAAUGCACCAAUUUCAAUGGCUUGUUAAGCUUGCGUAAACCCAGCUAAGAAGAUGGGUUUCUUUUUUUUUCUUUUUCCUUCCUCUUUGUGCCUUAAUGAGGGUUCUAAUUUUGUCUCUUUUAAAUUUUAUGGUGUUUGAUUUUAGAUAAUUGAACUAAG